AUGUCUCAAAACACGCCGCUGCCCAAAGAGUUCAAAUUCGUCGGAGGGCCGAGCAGGAAGCGCCGGCGCAAAACAGCUCCCGGAGAGGCCACAAACACGGAGAAGGUCCCUGCAUCUGCCGCAACCGUUCAUGCGGCCCGUUGCCGUGAUCCCAGCAACUCGACCCAAUCCCGGCUCCGAAGCACCGCGGGCCCACCGUCCACAUCGCAUGCGGCCAGUCUGACGGUUGGCGACCAGUCUGCUCAUGACGCCGCCUUGCCGUCGACGAUCUUGACAGAUCCUGCCAUUGCCGGCGAUGUGUUGGCGUGGUUGGACGACGGCUCCAUGAACCCCUUCUUUGAUCCGGCCUUGCAGUUUGCCAACGCAGCAGGCCAUGACGGCGCGUGGUCGCAGAUGCAGUCCAUGGUGCCGUUCUAUCCCGGAGCUGACAUGCUCUUCUCGCACUUGUGGGAUUCUCCUUCGACAGACGAUGCCUAUGACCAGCAUGUUGGCGGUGACGUUAUCCAGGCCUCCGACGACACCGUCUCUCCAGAAGAGAGCCCCACGGCGGACUCACCAAUAGAGGAGAUAGGCAAUCACACGAUGCAUGAGCGGUCCAGCUUGUCACAUCCCCCAAGCACCUUCAGCUACACAAUCACACAGUUGUCGUAUAGAUAUGAUAAAGAAUUUUGCAUAUUGCCGCUGACGGACGAUUUCGAAGCUAAUCCAUUCCGAAUUGACCCGGAGGUCGUCAAGGGCUCCAAGCUGCUGCUUCACUGCAUAUUGGCACUCUCCUACAAGCAUAUUAAUCGGGACACCGGUACCUGCUAUCAAGAAGCCAAGAUACACAAAAAAAAGGCUCUCCGGAUGCUCCAGGGUAUGGACAAGGAGUCAGAGAAGAGUCUUUCACCAAAGGCGAAAGACGAGGCUGGGCUGCUCGAUGCGGUGCUUAUCUUGAUGACGCUGGAUUGCGCGACCUCGGCUCACGGCCCUUGGGUUUGGUAUCUCAAGAACGCUCUCAAGAUGAUCCAGGCAAGCGAGAGUCACAAUGUACGCCGAACCCCACGAAUGCGCGCGCGCCUGGGGAUGCUCGUCUGGUGGGAUGUAACAUUGGCCUUGACAAGUCGCCGCGGUUGCGUCUUGUCCGAGGCUACUGCACUCAGCCUGUUCAACCGGAGCGGAUCAGACGAUGAGACUUUCUACAGCGUGUCUGGCUGCCCCGAGGACCUGUUCAAGUACAUGAUCCGGCUCGGAGCGUAUGCUAGGGAGUACGAGCUCGUCUCCACCUUAGUGUGCGUCAAGUUUGACAUGGAACCCGUCCUGGCCGUCGAAAAGUCUAUCCGCGAGUGGACGAGCCCGCAGAUGCACUUCAAGCGCCCGCAGCCCAUUCCGGGCGAUCUACUCGGGGAGGAGGCCGUAGGUGAGGAGAUGGACGCCGGAGACCUGGCCCAGUACUCGGAAGAUCAUUACCACUGCACUGAAGCCUGGCGAUACGCACUGCUUGUCUACAUCGAGCGCGUCUUCAGGUGGCGGCGAGGCGAGGCUCCAUCGUCGAUGCUCAGCUAUCUUGCCCGCAAGACGAUGAAUCACGUAUCGUCGUGUCGGCGUACGACGAUGCUCCAGAAGCAGCUCCUGCUGCCUGUGUUCCUAGCAGCCUGCGAGACCACGGAUGACUUCUUGCGAGACCAGGCACGGUCAUACUGCACCUGGUGGAGCGGCAAGACGCGCUACGAUAUGUUCCUCACCACUACAGCCCUACUGGAGGAGGUGUGGGCGAAUCAGAUGCAGGAUCCUUUGAACAGCUGGUGGGGCUCCACCAUCAACCAGAAUACCGGAUCUGAUCGGCAGUAUCUAUUCGGAUGA